CCCCUAAUGCAUAAUAACUGUUUAAACAAAGAAAGCGCCCUGUAUUUUAUUAUAUAGUACAACUUUGUCCUAACGAACCAGACAUUCAAACUAGACCUGUUCCAUCUUUUCCUUCUUUCUUUUGGAUCAUCCAUGUUCGACUCUAAAAUAUUAGAAGAGAAUCUUAUAUUAUUUCUACCCAGCUGAGUUUUACUUGUAUUUAAGGAAGAAAGGAAUGACAGUUGCAGAAUUUGAAAGAAAACCAUGAUAUUUUAUCUGUUUACAAUAAACAGCAAUUGACAUUAUACAAUGCCAUCCAUUUACCAUCUCAAUCAAACUAUCAGAGGCUUUUUACACAACCCAUCUGUAGAUUCUUCUACGCAUGUUCAUGUAUUGCAGGCCUGCAUUGCAAAGAAAACCCUUUCAGACUGUAAACAAAUCCAGUCUCACAGCAGUAAGGGGGCUUAAAUUUGCCGUAAAUACGUUUUUACAGAAUACCAUUAUCAACAUGUAUGACACAUGCGGAAGUAUAGAAGAUGCUCGCAAAGUAUUUGACGACAUUGAUAAUCCAAACGUCUACUCAUGGAAUAUGAUAAUUGCAGCUUACAGAAGCCAUGGCAUUUCUCAAGAAGCAUUUAAACUGUUUCACCAAAUGCAACGAACAGCUGUACAGCCAGAUAACUUCACCUUCUCCAGUAUUCUCCCUGUGUGUGGCAAUGUGGCAUCUCUAAACCAUGGUUUCCAGAUCCAUGGGAAAAUUAUUAGAUGCAGGUUGCAAUUUGAUGUUAUUGUGAUGAAUGCUCUGAUAGACAUUUAUGCAAAAUGUGGAAGUGUACACAAGGCGCGUGAACUGUUUGACAAAAUGCGCAAUACAGAUGUUGUGUCGUGGAAUUCCAUGAUAACAGGAUAUGCACAAAAUGGUGCUCUUGACAAAGCUUUGAGGCUUUUCGAAGAUAUGCCUCAACAAAAUGUAGUAUCUUGGAAUGCAAUUAUGGCUGGCUAUGAACAAAAUGGACUUGUAGAUAAAGCCUUACAGAUUUUUAAGCAAAUGCAAUUGACAAGUGUGAAGCCAAAUUCAGCAACCUUCGUCGGAAUCCUCCAGUCUUGCGCGAAAAUGGGAGCUUUGGAACAAGGCAUGGAAAUUCAUCAAGAAAUUAUUGAAAGUGGAUUUGGUUCGGAUAUCGCUGUUGUGACCUCUCUGAUGGAUAUGUAUGCAAAAUGUGGGGAAGUACAGCAGGCACGUAGAUUGUUUGACAAAAUGCAUAUUGCAGAUGUGAUCUCAUGGAAUGCACUAAUUGCUGGAUAUGUACGAAAUGGGUUGUUAGAAGAAGCCUUGGAGAUUUUUAUGCAAAUGGAAUUUGCAAGUGUCAAGCCAAAUUCAGCAACCUUUGUUAAUAUUCUCCCGGCAUGUGCCAAAAUGAGAGCUUUAGAACAGGGUAUGGAGAUCCAUCGAAAAGUAAUUGCGUUCGGUUUUACAUCUCAUGUGGUUAUAACUGCUCUGAUCGAUGUGUAUGCAAAAUGUGGAAGGGUUCAGAUGGCGUGUAAAUUGUUUGAGAAAUUGAAUUAUCCAGAUGUGGUCUCGUGGAACACAAUGAUUACAGGAUAUGUACAAAAUGGUGUUCUUGACAAGGCUUUGCAACUCUUUAAAGAAAUGCCUCAACGGGAUGUGAUCUCAUGGACAACAAUCGUUGCUGGAUAUGCACAAAAUGGAUUUUGUGAUAAAGCCUUGGAGUUUUUUAAACAAAUGCAACUGACAGGUGUAAUUCCAAACUCAGCAACCUUUGCCAGCGUCCUUCCAGCAUGUGCCAAGAUGGGAGCUUUGGAACAAGGCAUGGAGAUCCAUCAAAAAAUAAUUGAAAGCGGAUUUUUAUCUGAGAUUGUUGCGACUUCCCUACUGGACAUGUAUGCAAAAUGUGGGAGUAUACGGAAGGCACGUGAACUGUUUAACAAAAUGUACCAACCAAGUUUAGUCUCAUGGAAUGCAAUGAUUGCAGGAUAUGGAAUGCACGGCUAUAGUGAGGAUGCCCUCCAAACCUUUGAACAAAUGCAUUCUAGAAGCACUCCCAACCCUAUUAGCCUGCUUUGUGUUUUAUCAGCGUGCAGCCAUGCUGGUCUAGUAGAUGAUGGCUGCAAAUACUUCAAUAGCAUGAGUGAAUUUUAUUGCAUCACGCCCACAAUGGAUCACUAUGUAUGCAUGGUUGACCUUCUUAGCCGUUCUGGUUAUCUUGUUGAAGCCCUAAACUUUAUUUUCAAAAUGCCUGUAAAACCUGAUUUGGCUGUUUGGAUGAGUUUGCUUAGCGCUUGCAGAUCGCAUAAGAAUAUUUGGCUGGGAGAAUUUGUUGCAUCACUGCUUUUUCAGUUGGACCUUCAAACUUCUGCACCUUAUGUUCUUCUGUCAAACAUUUACGCAGAAGAAGGAAGGUGGCAUGAUGUUCAUAAGGUAAGGGAAUUGAUGAAUGAUAGGGGAAUUACAAAGACACCUGGAUGUAGUUGGAUUGAAGUUCAUGAAAUGGUAAAUGCUUGGGGGUAGAAGACAGAUUGCACCUUUGCUAGUUCAAGAAAUUGUCUAUGGAUUUGAAAAUUGUAUUAGAUGAUGUGGUGGAGGAAGAGAAGAAAUUACUCAUCUACCACCAUAGCUAGCAAUUGUCAAGAAUCUUCAAACAUGCGCUGUCUGCCACACUGCAAUCGUGUAUAUCCCUAAGAUUGUUGCGAGUGAAAUUGUUGUGACAGAUGCAGACUGUUUCCAUCAUUUAAAAGUUUAAAACACAUUCUUGGGGAGAUUGCUAGUGAUGUGAAGCAAUAAACUCGUUCUUGCACUAUAAGUAGGUGCAUGGUCAAUGUUAGUAAAUUUCCACAAUCCAUGAGACUAUCUGAAUGCUGCUUCUGGAGGUGGUGUCAAACCUGCAUUACAGAAAUCAGGAAGCCUGUAUGAACUGAGCAUUUGAAGGGGCAGUGGAAAAUAUGGAAAUAUGAAAAUAGAAGAAUUCUUUAAGAAUAUGAAAAGCUACUCAUCCAACAGGGAAUGUGAGAGACAGUAUCACAAUCAAGCAAAUGCUUGAAUGAGACGAGGAAGAGCGUCCCUUGAUCAUUGUUUUAUUUUUCUACCUUUCACAUUUUUAUGGUCUUUAUAUCCGAAUUAUUUAAAUUAUCUUGUGCCUGUGUCAAUUCUGUCACUUUAUUUUUUAAACAUAGUAUAAAUUUUUAUGUAUUUUAUAAUAAUGGAUUGCUAAGAACA